AUGUCCAUCGAGGAAGACGCAACGGUGAGAGAGCCAUUGGAUCUGAUUCGGUUGAGUAUCGAAGAGAGAAUCUAUGUUAAGCUCCGAUCGGACCGUGAACUCCGCGGCAAGCUUCACGCUUUUGAUCAGCAUUUGAAUAUGAUUCUGGGUGAUGUGGAAGAGGUUAUAACGACUGUAGAAAUCGACGACGAGACAUACGAAGAGAUUGUUCGGACAACGAAGCGAACGGUGCCGUUUCUGUUUGUGAGAGGAGAUGGAGUGAUAUUGGUGUGUCCGCCGUUGAGGACGACCUGA